GUUGCCCAGCUUAGCUUGAGAUAGAGAGAAUUUAGACCCUUUACCGCAGAUUAUAUAUAACUAUCGACACCUCCAUAAUAUUCCACACCAUCAUAUAUCGAUCUGUCCAUCAUCUCCAUCUCUCCAUCCAUAUCUUAUUUCUUCUACAAUCCCCGCACACACACACCCAUACAUACAUAUCACCAUGGCCACCAGUGGUCUAGACUUGUGCCAAGACCUUCCAUCCCUCAUGCGAUCACUCCCCUCCAUCAAAAUCCAAACCCCCAAAUCUCAACCACAACAACAAGAUGCCACAAACGACGCCGUCCUCGAAGACGAGUGCUGCCGCACCCCGAAAUCGGAAGCCAGCAAAAUCCCAGCAGUCGUCACCUGCCCGCCGGCGCCCAGAAAGCCAAGAAGAGCUGCCGGCUCCUGCAAGAGGAAGCUGACGGAGCUGCAAUUCUUUGAGGUCGUGAAUCGCGACGAAGUCGAUGCCUUUUUCGGAUCAACUGGUUUGUUCAACAAGAGGAGCUGCCCAUGUAAAUAAAAAUAUCCCAAUUACACGGUUUUUUAAUUUCUUUCACCUCGUUGUUAUUACACGGGUUUUAUAUACAUAUGUGAUCGUUGUGAUCUUCUUUGUAUUGUUCAAAUUCAAAAGGCUGCGUUCUUAUAAAUUUGUAUUACACGUACGGUUCUAAAUUCACUGGUCCAUUGAAUUUUCCGGCCGGUCAGUUUCGGACGAUUUGAUCUGAAUCCCUGAAUGAUAUAUCUCUAUGAAUAUUCAACCACUACGAGUUUCUUCUA